CAUUGAGUAUUGUGAAUAGAAUUUGUCCUAUAUUUGCCCUCCGGAAGCGCGACUCUCAUCAUAUUUUACCAGAGAGUGUGUCAGUGUUGUAUAGUUACCUGAUCGUAUGGAUGCGGAAUUAUAAUGAGUGAAUCUGUUUGACAGUUAUAGCGCGAAACUAACAAUAAUGGCGCUCAACCCCCCUGACAGAAGGGAGAGGAAUGCCUAUGAUGGCGACGAGUUACUUCCCCUGACUGAAUCUGACUUCGAAGUUAUGUCGGAUUCAGAUUCGCCGGCAAACGGGACUGUGAAUGGAGUUCAUGUGAAUGGAAAUAUGUCGGUCAAACCCAAACCCAUGCAUAUGAAAGAGGAAAAUGUCCGAGGAAUCCGGUGCGGUUUUGGAUCGUAUUCCCCGGAUUGUCUUCAAAAAUUCAACAACCCCAAAGCUUUAUUAUUUUUCCUCUGUUGUUUUUGUACGUUACAAGGUUUUGUUGUGAAUGGUAUAAAUAAUGUAAAUACUACCUCAAUAGAACGUCGAUUUGAACUGCCCAGUUCACGGGUGGGGUCCAUAUCGAGCGCUUACGAUGUCUCGGCGGCCAUUCUGGGCAUUAUCAUCUCGUACUUCGGUUCGGGAAAAAACAAACCUCGUAUGAUUGCCUGUGCUUGUCUAGUGAUGUCAUUGGGAUCUUUCAUCAUGGCGCUUCCACAUUUUACAACAGGGUUGUAUGAAUGGGGUCAAAAUUUGGCAGAAUCUUGUCGAGAUCCAGCUGCCGCGGCGCUCGCCAAAAGCUCCUGUUCCGCGGACAAUGAGCACCUACUGCAGCGAUACCUUUAUGUGUUUCUUCUUGGGCAGACCCUCCACGGUAUCGGGGGAACCACCCUGUACAUUGUGGGCGUGGCUCUAAUUGAUGACAGUGUACCCUCCGCUGCCUCUCCCCUAUAUGUUGGUAUUAUGUACGCAUUCGCCACCUUGGGACCCGCUCUCGGUUACGUAGUUGGGGGACGACUACUUGACAUAUACGUUGAUUUUCAUGAAGUAGACAGCGUAUCGAUAACUCCCGAUGACCCCCGAUGGGUUGGUGCCUGGUGGAUUGGUUUUGCAGUAGCCUCUGUGCUCUUUUUAGUAGUUUCAAUCCCAAUAUUUGGUUAUGGGACAGAACUACCAACUGCACAGAAUGUGCGAGAGACCCGUGUGACAGAAACACACAUGGACAAUUCAGCAGAGAAAAGCGAAAAAGAGCUUGGGAAAUCCAUCAAGGAUAUGCCAAAAUCCUUCUGGAUCCUUAUGAAAAACCCAGCCUUCCUGUUUAUUUCAUUGGCUGGAACCUUCGAGGGAUUUUCUACCUCGGGAAUGGCAACAUUUCUACCGAAAUUUAUUCAGAAUCAGUUUGGUGUCUCCGCUGCGUGGGCAGCGAUAUUAGCAGGAGUGGUUGCAGUCCCUGGGGCUGCAGGGGGGCAGUUUGUAGGAGGGAUUAUUUGUAAGAAGUGGAAGUUAAAAGUACAGGGCAUGCUGCGGCUUAACGUCAUUGUCUGCAUCGUUGCACUACUUUUGGAUGCUGUAGUCUGGGUCAGAUGUGAUCUUGAAGAUAUUGCAGGUGUUAAUGUCGGAUAUUUUCAAGGAGAAAACCAGAAUGGCUUAGUAUCAACAUGCAACAAUAAUUGCUCCUGUACCACAGAGCUAUAUGAGCCAGUAUGUGGUGAAAAUAACAUUCAGUAUUUUUCACCGUGUCAUGCAGGUUGUUCAGGAAAAGCUAGUGCAGACGGCACUUAUUCACAUUGCACGUGUCUAGCUGCUACAAGUCAAUACAGUUUGUCCAAUCUGACGCAGUCAAGUUUAGCUUCAGUCAAGAAGGGCAAAUGUAAUUCUGAUUGCUUCAAAAUGUACAUUUUUCUACCCAUUCUACUUUUAUCCAUCUUUUUCCGAUUCGUUGAAUCGCCUCCAUCAGUGGCUGUCACGUUAAGGUGCAUUCAUGAUAGUCAACGUACCUUUGCGUUAGGUAUACAGUGGUUUAUUGCUAGGUUGCUAGGUACAGUACCUGGACCUAUUUUAUUUGGUGUUGUAAUAGACAGUACAUGUUUAGUGUGGAAGGAAAAAUGCAAUGAACAAGCUUCCUGUUGGAUUUACGACAAUCUAGCUUUAAGUCAAAACUUCUUUAUUAUUUUGAUGUGUGUUAAGAUUUUGGCAGCUAUUAUGUUUGUGUUGGCCUACAAGUUUUAUAAUCCCCCUUCAGACAAAAUUCCAAACCUCAAUAUUACUGUAAAUCACACGGCAGAGAAUGGGGUCGUCUCUCACAAACAGGAGAGUGGAAAUACUUCGGACUCUUCGGAAGGCUCUCUGCGAACUUCCACGAUAUGAAAGGUUGUGUGUGUUUCUUAAUUUAUUGCGGAUGUUGCUUGUUAAUUGCAGAUUAAGUUAUUUACACGAACAUUCCUGGUAUGCGCCCAUUCAGUUCAACUCUGGCAUGGGAUGUGGAGGAUACAUUGUUAUACUGCUAGUACAAAAGUGCAGUGUAACAGAUUUCUGAUUGAUGUAUUUAUGUAUUUUUUUUAACUGUGUGUGUUAGUGAAUGCAAUAUUUGUUCUAUGCGUGCUGGUUCAUGCAAAAAUGUGUUCAACAGAAUAUUUUUACAUAAGGAGUACAUGUACAACGUAUGACUUUCCUUCAUUUUUUUUUUUGGUAUGAUUAUGGCAAAUUUGUCUCGUCGUUGCAUUAAACUCGUUCUGUGAUAAUAUGUUCAAUUUGAUCCUUACUAAUUAUAUUAGAAAUAUUCUUACCAUUAUUUCUUGAAAAUGAAUAUCUGAAGUUCAUAUUGUGACAACUUUUUAUCCAAAAAAAAAAAUAAUCCUCGAUUAUUAAUCACAGUGACACUUAUUUGAAAGGUAAUCUGAUGUUGAAAUUGAAUACUCACUCGUAAAUACAAGUUUCUCCAAAUUAUUUAAAGCUGGUCGCCUUAUAUAGAUCCACAGGCUCGCGAUCUGCGCUCCUUAGAGGAGAAUGUGUAAUUUCAUUAAGUUGUACUCUUUUUUUUAAAUGAACAAUGUGGGAACAGGAUUUAUUAAUUUUAUUCUUCUAUAUAAGUCGCCAAAGAGUUCCUCAGAGCUAUUUCUGCCUGUUAUACUCAUUAAAAAAAAAUAUUCUUCAUAAUACCGAAGAAAUACAGCCACCCGCAACCCUACCCCACCUCACUCAUUUUGAAUGCAAGUGACCAGAAAAUACUCAACAAAGUUGGAAUAUUUUCGAAGGUGUCUAUUAACACUGCAUGAAUUUAUGUAUAUUGAUGAAAAAUUUAUUUUUUUGUAAUAAAUUAUUUUUGAAAAGUUG